AUGCCCUAUGGGUACCAGCCGCCCAAGUUUCAGCAAUUCGAGGGGAAGGGCAAUCCAAAACAACAUAUUGCUCAUUUCAUCGAGACUUGCAACAAUACAGGAACGGAGGGAGAUCAUCUUGUUAAGCAGUUUGUACGUUCAUUAAAAGGUAACGCCUUCGAAUGGUACACUGAUCUGGAACCUGAAUCAAUCGACAGUUGGGAUCAGAUGGAGCGUGAGUUCCUAAAUCGUUUCUAUAGCACGAGACGUACAGUGAGCAUGAUGGAACUUACUAGCGCUAAACAAUGGAAGGAUGAACGCGCAAUUGAUUACAUCAACAGGUGGCGUUCGUUGAGUCUCGAUUGCAAAGAUCGACUGUCAGAAAUAUCUGCGGUGGAAAUGUGCAUCCAAGGUAUGCACUUUGAUUUGCUAUAUAUUUUACAGGGAAUCAAGCCCCGUACGUUUGAAGAGCUGGCUACGCGAGCACACGACAUGGAGUUGAGUAUAGCUAGCCAUAAAGGGAAGAAGGAGUCGAUUGUUGACCAAAGAAAAGACAAGGUCUUCGGAAGCAAGUUUGAUAAGGCACCGAAGAAACCUACAAAAGAAUCAAUGGCUGUCAACAUUGCCCCAGUCAAAAUCUCUACACGAGAUAAGGAGGUUGUGAAAGCAGAGCCAACUCGCACCUACGACAGAACAAAGCGUUCGUUGAAGGAAUGGCAACAAAAGACAUAUCCUUUCCCAGAUUCUGAUGUGGCAGGCAUGUUGGAAGAUCUACUUGAGAAGAAGGUGAUAGAGCUCCCAGAAUGCAAGCGGCCCGAGGAAAUGCAUCAUGUUAAGGAUCCGAAAUACUGCAAGUACCAUCGGCUCGUUAGUCACCCAGUGGAGAAAUGCUUUGUUCUGAAAGAUUUAAUAAUGAAUCUUGCCAAGCAAGGAAGGAUCGAGUUGGAUGUCGACGAUGUUGUUGAGGUAAACUGCACUACCAUCGUCUUUGGUUCAUUCGAGCCUGCCCCGUUGCCUCCUCUUCCAAUGAAAGCACCAUAUCAGCUUUCGAGAAAGCCAUGCAUGAAGUCAAAGUUGGAGGAAGCCAAGCCAACCCAGCAAGCGAGCCUCGCGCCUGUUGCAACCCCUAAAAUUGACUCAGUCGUUGAUGACGAGGGAUGGAUACUUGUCACUCGAAAGAAGGCACGCAAGAGCCCAUCGCCAUAUGUACCUAUCACUCGAGCAAAAUAUAAGCAGUCACAAGAAAAUCGUCAAUGUCUCGAGAAAGGUAAGACAAGAUUUGUCAAGGAAAGGGGCAAUCCUUUUGUUCAAAGACCCCACGGUGUGGCUUCGUCAACAAGAGCCUUUCCCAAGAAAGGCAACAAACAAGAAAAGGUGAGAACUGCCCACAUGACCACAAGCUACGAAUCUGGUUCGAAGGAUUCUGCCAAGGCUGAGUCAAGCACAGUCAAUACUAACCAAACGUCAAAGGAGAAUGAGGUGUUGAAGCAGCUAGAAGACCUACCACUUCACUUUAGCAUCCCUGAUCUACUACAACUACCAAAAUGGACAAGAGGUGCUUUGGUACAGGUGUUGAUUGACAUGGGCAAGAACUCCACAGGCAUUAACAAGGUGAAACCGAAGGAAUGCGUCACGUGUGUUGCAGAUUGUGAUGUCAUUCACUUUACGGAUGAAGACCUUCAGUUAGGCUCUAAGCCGCAUAAUAGACCUCUCUUCGUGUCAGGGUAUGUGCGAGAUCAAAAGAUAAACCGCAUGCUUGUAGACGGAGGGUCUGCUGUAAACAUUAUGCCUAGGUCGACCAUGAAGCAGCUUGGCAUCAAUGUGGAGGAGUUGUCCCGAAGUCGUCUCAUGAUUCAAGGCUUCAACCAAGGGGGGCAAAGAGCCAUAGGCAUGAUCAGAGUAGACAUGACAAUUGGAGAAAUGAAGUCGAACACUUUGUUCCAUGUGAUCGAAGCAAAGACCUCCUACAAUUUAUUGUUAGGACGACCGUGGGUUCACGAAAAUGGUGUCGUCCCCUCUACUCUUCAUCAAUGCUUCAAGUUCUACGAUGGCGGAGUAAAAACAGUAGCAGGUGAUACUAAACCAUUCACUGAAGCAGAAUCUUACUUUGCGGAUUCCAAGUUCUAUGUGGAGGAUGAAACAAUAAAAGAAGUUCUCCCAGUUGGAGUACCUUCUACAAGGAAGACUAUAGAAGUGCGUAAUAAAGAAGUGGAACCCAGCAUGGCAAGAAAUUGCAAUGAGGAACCACAUAAAGUUUCGUCAGAAACUAAAGUAACAGCUUCAAAGAACAAAAUCAGCUCCUCUACUCCAGUUCUUCGUUACGUGCCAAGGUCUAGGAGAAAAGAAGGGGAAUCCCCUUUUGUAGAGGCAAAUGAGCAAGAACGUCCGCGAAAGCUAGAUGAGAAGGACAUAGAAUUGCUAAAAGAAACAUCAACCAUACCGUUGACGAAGUUGAGCAACAAUACACCUACCAAGCAGCCCUAA